GAUCAUCCCAAGAGGAGACUUGGCAAACACGUACUCACUCACGCGUUGACUUGUACCGCUUGGAAGAGCUGUGUCUGAUGCGUGUCUGAUAAUUUACCACUGUUAUAACUGCUGCAUAUCAUUAACCACUUUCUAUCUCUUCUAUUAUCAUCUCCGUCCUCCUCGUUCUGUCAAUUCUGCCUUCCCAUAUUGUCUUCAUCCAUAACUUAUUUCGUUAUUUCUUACGUUAUUUUUCGAAAUAAUCGUCGUCUGCUGCCAUGUGCAUUUUCAUUUAUUACUCUUAAUUUUCCUCUCAACAACUUUUCUUUUUGAUAAUAUUAAUUCUUUGUCGUUCAGAAGUGGUUAGUGUCGUUGUGUGGCCAAACAAUUAUGUAUUAAACAUUUGAAAAGCCUUGAAUCGUUCUGAUUUAUUGAGUAGGGUGGUCAAGGAAAAUAAUCCACCUAUACAUUCAAAAUAUUGGAUAUUGCGUGGCACACUCAAACCUGUCGCUACUUGUGUAUUAGUCAGAUGAAGUUUGAGUGGUCGGUUGCAUCAGCUACUGCGCAAGAUUAUUUGAAUGACAGAAUCAAUGAAGCUGGUCCAUUUCAAGAUGACUGGACUGAACUUUCAAAUUUCCACUCCAAGAAAUUGUGGCAUCAAUUAACGCUAAAACUUGAAUGUCUGCUGAAAAAUCCUGAAUUCCGGUCGAAAACAAAUUUAAUUCUGCUCAGUACCAAUUUUCUCGGCGAUUUUAUAUACAAAAUAAAUCCACUCUCUUUGGCUGAAUUAUGCGUUCCGAUUAGUGAGCAGUAUGUAAUUACAGAUCCGCAGCAGGGUAUCAAAUUCCUCGAAGAAGUUCGUGAUGAGUUUUCUGGCAAAUCCAUGGACGCGAAAAUACUAUUUAACACAACUAUUGGAAUGAUUUACUUGACAGCACUUAAUGAUCUGCCGAGUGCUCGUCAAAUAAUUGAGAAUACACAAAGUCAGUUAGAUGAAAUUGAAGGUGUUACUACAGUUCACUCAAGGUUUUAUCAGCUUAGUUCAAGAUAUUAUCAGAUUACUGGACAACAUGCUGAAUUCUAUCAAGAAGCACUUCGUUUUCUCGGUUGUGUGGAUUUAAACAGUCUGAGUGUUGAAGAACAAAGAGGAUGGGCGUUUUCCGUUGGUUUGGCAGCUAUUCUUAGUGAUGGUGUUUACAGCUUUGGCGAACUCCUGACGCAUGAUGUCUUGAAAAGUUUACAAGGUUCUUCACAGGCAUGGCUUAUUGACCUACUGCAAGCUUUCAAUAGAGGUGAUUUAAAUCAGUUGGAUCAGCUACGCAGCCGUUGGUGUGUCCAAGCUGAUCUCGUAGCUGCUGAACCAAAAUUAAAAGACAAAGUCACCUUAUUAUGUCUAGUUGAAAUGGUGUUUCGCCAACCAACUAAUAAACGUACGCUUACAUUUGUAGAAAUCUCAUCUACUACCAGAGUCCCAAUUGACCAAGUUGAACAUUUCUUGAUGAAAGCACUUUCCUUAAAAUUGAUAAAAGGACGUAUUGAUGAAGUUAAUCAAUGUGUUUCUCUUACUUGGUUACAACCUCGUGUUCUUGACAAGGAACAAAUUGGAAGCAUGUGUGCCCGAUUGAAAGAAUGGUCUUCUACAGUUGAAGGUAUGAAAAACCUUGUCGAAGUGGAUACAAAAUCUAUUUUGGCUUGAAAAGUAUUUCGUAUUUAUUAACCCGGUUUCUUGUACAACCGUUUGUAAUCCACCAGCACAUACUUUUAAUAAAUACACUCGAAAAUAUUCUCUUCUGUCAAUCAACAUAUAUUAACAUAGGUCUAUUAUUGCAAUUGUUAAUAUACAAAUUUUAAAUGGAUUUUAUUUUGUUUCCAAAUGAUUAACUAUUUUUUAGAGGUCAGUUAGUCAUGACGAACACAGAGUCAGACAAAUGUACGUUAACACACGUUGCCAUAUCACAUCACAUUGGAACGGAUUUAAAAAGAUGAGUAGUAAAGGUAUUGAAACAAUUUAGCACCAAUGAUAAUAAGGAAGACACCUGUAGCAAAUCAGUACC